GUUAAAACUCGUGGUGUGGGUUAGGUGACCACAGCGGAAUAAAAAAUAAAGCUGAUGGAGGUGCCAGUUGUGUUGCAGAUGGUAACUGUCAUGCUGAAACGACGUGCCACUGAUGACUGUCUGUAGGCGGUAGAUAAUGGUAAAACGAGAGAGAAAACGAGAGAGCAGGUGGGCGGAAAGAAAACUGGCUGCGAUCAAGGAGUCAUCCUGUAAAAAAAACUGCGAACACACAUUGAGCAUACAUUUGGCUGUAGCCAAACGUUGGACACUUGUACAAAGAAAUUAAUCUGGAUUCUUCCUUGGUCAGCGCCAAACUCACGUCCUUCCCUGUGUGCAGGCUGAGGAGCAUGGGUGUGGAGUUGGCAACGUUACUUCUGCUGCAGCAAGCACUGUCCCUGUGGUCCACCAGUGACGCCAUGGAAGCCACCAGCGCUCCAAAGGGGUGCGGCCCUUCCGUCAACUCCUUCUACUACAACCUGUGUGACCUAUCUGCAGUGUGGGGCAUUGUGGUCGAGGCCUUCGCUGCUGCAGGAGUGGUGACUGCCUUUGUGCUAUUGGUCACCCUCAUAGCCAGCAUGCCUUUCGUGACAGACAAGAAGAGGAAAGCCAUGGUGGCCCUGCAAGCCAGUGUCCUGGUCUUCACCCUGGGGCUGUUUGGACUCACCUUCGCCUUCAUUGUGGGCCGGGACUUGAUCAGCUGCACAGCGCGGCGUUUCCUGUUUGGCGUGCUGUUCGCAGGCUGCCUGUCGUGCCUGGUGAUGCACGGCUUGUGGCUGGCCCUGCUGGAGAGGAGGGGCCGGGGCCCCCGGGCCUGGACACUCUGUCUGGGGGCCCUAGCGCUCUGGUUGGUUGAGGUCAUCAUCAACACUGAGUGGAUGAUUAUCACCGUGGCCCGGUACCCUGUUAUGGCGUCUGCCAUGACAGACGCGUCCUGCAAGAUCACCAACCAGGACUUUGUCAUGGCUCUGGUCUACGUGAUGGCACUGCUGCUGGCCGUGAUCCUGAUGGCAGUGCCCACGCUGACGCACAAGCACAAGAGCUGGCGCAGGGACGGAGCCUUCAUCCUCGCCACAGGGGUCCUCUCCACAGCCAUCUGGGUGGCCUGGAUCGUCAUGUACAUCCAUGGGAACCAGCUGACUGGGGGCCCCAGCUGGGACGACCCCACUCUCGCCAUUGCCCUGGUAGUCAACGCUUGGGUGUUCCUGGUCCUCUACACCAUACCAGAGAUCUGUUUCCUCAGCCAGGAAGACGAGGACCAGGAGCAGCCCAGUGAUGGAGACCACGUCUACCCAGCCAGGAGCCUUGUGUACGACAACAUCCUGAAGGACCAGAGCCCUGGCCAGCAAAACAUGUACAUGGAGAACAAGGCCUUCACAAUGGACAAACCCCAUACAGCCAACACUGGGGUGUCUCCGUACAGUGGUUAUAAUGGCCGACUACGCGGCUGUGUGUACCAACCCACUGAACUGGCCCUCAUCACCAAGAGUCUAGCAAAUAGGGAGCAGUCCCAGGAGACCAUCCUGCCAAGGGCCACAGCCCCUCCUCUAAACCAGGGCAGCAGCAGCGCCUUGUCCUCCCCUCCACACCCAGCACUGCCACACGCAGCCAGCGGAAACGGUUUGAACAAGAGGCCUCUGUGGUAAACCUGCAGUACUUUGACCCUGUUCCUCUUCAACUCCUGUCCACCUCUUUUCUACUCCACUCUGCCCUGGUGCUUGUGUGUAUCUGGUGAUGACCGACAAGAUAGCUUUACAUUCCCAAUAAGUGUGGUGGGUUUACAGUCCACUACCCGCAAGUAGAAUCAUGCACUGACGGAAAGAGAUGACCCCAGAGUAACCAACCUAAAGGGACAAUCAAUCAGUUUGCUACUCAAAUGUGAGUCAUAGAGAAUCGCAAAGGGUUCAGCGUAGGAGACAGAGCUAAUACACGUUUCAGCCUUCAGUUUCUCGUUGGCCUCCUGUCCAGGUUACCUUAAGGCGUCAAUUGUUUCCCCUCUUUGUACUGAUGCUGUAUUUGACUGGAAAGGGUAUUUAUGCACACCAUGUCCCCCAACCCUCAAAAUGACACAUUGAGAACUCUGACGUCUGAAAUGGAACCUGUCUACGUUGUCAUUAACGUAAUAUCAAAAGUUAUUAUAAUGUAUUUGUGUGUUUUCAAAUACCACUACUUGUGCAGAUAGUCUUCUGUGUGUUUGUAUCAUCAAAUCCACAAGUUAAAUCAUGUUAUUUUGGUUAUUGUGUAUUACUUUGUAGGUGUUUUGUGUUUACAUGUAAAAACAAUGCAAUGAUUGAGCAAACAACAAUCUGAAUGUUAAAUAUAUUUUCAUGUAACCUUAUCAAACAUUGUAGAAAAUUAUAUGCUUGAAUGCGUUCACAUUUUGUGUAAAGAGAACCAUUUAACAACAGUCAACAAAUAAAUCAGGUAAAUGUGUAUUUAGUUGUUAAAUCAAUUAGUCAUAAACUGAAGUAGCCAGCACACCAAGUCAGGAAGGGAACGUUGCAUGAGGAAGGUGUCUGAAGUUGAAAGUACUUUGACUUUUACUGGGUAUUAGUAUUUACAUAUGCAGUGAUAAGCUUUCAAAGCCUGUGGCCUCUUGCAAGUAUGCACAGUAGUCUGCUGUUGUAAUCUGGAGACUUCCUGACUGCUGUAAAUGGAAACGACACAAUGCGCUUGCUUUUCCAUAUACUUUGUAUUUAAAUGUUAUGUUCCAUUUCUCUCAUACUUGCAGUAUAUCCAACAUUGACAGCUGCAAAAUGAGCAGGAUUUUUUUGGGGUGAGCAGAGAAGUUAUUUAGCCGUUCACACAUUUAAAGCGAGAUAAUCCACUUUUUCUUAUGAAACAAGUGACACAGUCUGCACAAGCAGUUAGCACAGCACUGGUAGUGGCAUGCGCAGAGACCAGCC